CUCGCUACCGACUGGAGCCAGCACCACCGACCCUGAGUCCGGACAGUGGGUGCCGGGUAGGUCGAGAUGCGUUCGUCCCACAACAACUUGUGGGUCGCUGUGCCGAUCUCUGCAACCAGGAACCGCGAACGGCAACAAUGAGACCCCGCGGAGCCGAGACAAAUGAAGAACAAGGAAAAAAAAAGGUUGAACCCUUCAUCUGUGUGCAGAUGGCCUCCUCCCUUUUCUUCUCGCACCGCUCCGGCUCUCUACCAAGUCGUCCUUCUCAUGCUGCAUCAUGGCUUCAUCCGCCGACUCGCCGCCGCCGCCCUCGAGGCCGGCAUUACACGUUCAGAUGCCGUCGUACUCGGAUCCGAGCGCCGAAGCCGACGACUUGACCAAGUCCAAGAUUGACCCUGACCACUUGGCGCCAGACGUGGUACCUCUAAGCCCGUCCGAUUCCAGGGAAGCCGCGAACAGGUUGCAUGAUGACCUGGAGCUCCUCCGUGCUGAGCGCGUUGUCUCGACCGAGGACCGCAGGGAUCGCGGCUCAGUGCGGCCCAGAUCGAACACCAGGAGCCACAACGAAGGGAUCGAGGACGCCUUCAACACGACCAACGCCCCGACACCGGCCGUCGCCGCCGGCCCCGCGAAGACCACCUGGCUCACCAAGCUCUGGCGCUGGCUCAAGAAGUUCCCCCGCAUCUUCCGCUACGUUCUCUAUGCUAUCCCGCCCGGCCUCAUCAUUAUGAUCCCCGUCCUCCUCGACCUCUUUGCCUACAACCGCAAGGGUCACCCCGUUGGAGGCCGCGGCGGCGUCCAGCUCCUAUGGUUCGGAAUCUGGCUCGAGGUCGUCUGGCUCACCCUCUGGGCGGCCCGCAUCAUCUCCUCCAUCCUCCCCCCUAUCGUCGCCUUCGUUGCCGACACGGUUGGGUCCACCAACCACAAGAAGUGGAGGGACAUUGGCCGCCAGCUCGAGUUUCCCACCGCCCUGUUCCUGUGGUUGCUGGCAGUUCUGGUGUCGUACCAUCCGAUCCUAGACCAUCGCGUCAUUGGCCCCGGCGAGGACAACAAGACCCCUUACGUCGCCUGGAUCGACGUCGUUUACAAGAUCAUUAUAGCUUUGUUCGUUCUCGCGACGCUCAACCUCGUGGAAAAGAUCUUGAUCAAGUGGAUCGCCACGUCGUUCCACCUGCGCACCUAUUCCCACCGCAUCCGCGAGAACCACACGCACAUCGAGUACCUCGUCAGCCUGUACGCAUACGCAAAGACUCGCCUCGAGGAGCAGGAUCCGGCAUGGGCUUCCCCGUCUAGCAGAAGGGGCUCCGGUCAGCACUCCUCGCCGCUCAAGGACAUCCGGAACAACGCGCGCCAGGUCUUGAGUAAGGUUGGGAAUGCCGCCAACCGCGUGGCCGGUGACCUGACCGGGCGCAAGUUUCCCAAGGGCAACCACCCCCGCAAGGUCGUGCUUGAGCUGCUGCGCAACAGCGAGUCGAGCUACACGCUGGCGCGCGUCUUCUACCGCACCUUUGUCCAGCCGGGAAAGUCGACCAUCACGGUCGAAGACCUGUUCCCCGCGUUCCCCACGCAGGAGGACGCCGAGGGGUGUUUCAGCGUCUUCGACAAGGACUUGAACGGCGACAUCUCGAUGGAGGAGUUGGAAAUGGUCUGCAACGAGAUCCACCUCGAGAAGAAGGCCAUUGCGGCGUCUCUCAAGGACCUGGAUUCAGUCAUCAAGAAGCUGGACGAGGUCUUCAUGUUCAUCAUCGUGGUCAUUGUCAUUAUCGUGUUCAUCAGCAUCAUCUCGAAUUCGGCAGCCGCAGCCCUGACCUCGGCCGGGACUUUCAUUCUCGGUCUGUCAUGGCUGUUGCAGGCGACGGCUCAGGAGUUUCUCCAAUCCAUCAUCUUCGUUUUCGUCAAGCAUCCCUUCGACGUCGGCGACAGGGUCACCAUCUACGGAAACACAGGCUCGACAAUGAUGGGCGACGACUACUACGUCCUCGAGGUCUCACUCCUGUAUACCGAGUUCAAGAAAAUGGAGGGUCACGUGGUGCAAGCGCCCAACUCGGUGCUCAACACGCUCUUCAUCCUGAACCAGCGGCGUAGCCAGGGCCUCGCCGACCCUAUCAACCUGAAGCUCCGCUUCGGGACCACCGAGGCCCAGAUCGAGGAGCUUAAGUCCCGGAUGCUCCAGUUUUGCCUCCAAAACAAGCGCGACUACGCGCCUCGCAUCAUCUCUGAAGUCCAGACCAUCGACGAGGUCAGCAGCAUCAGCAUGAACAUUAUCUUCUUCCACAAAAGCAACUACCAGAAUGAGCUGCUCCGCCUCAACAGGCAUAACAAGUUUGCCGUCGAGCUCAUGCACCAGAUGCGCGACAUGGGUCUCGAGACGCCUCGCCUCGCCCAGCCGGGCGGCAUGCGCGACAUGCCGCUGUAUUGGACCCAGGUCCAACCGCCCCCCAGUUACCAGAGCACCACUCACGACGCUGGGGCCCCGGCCCCGGCGACCGUGCGCAAACGGGGCAAUAGCAGGGCCGCCGUAGUGGAGGCGGGGGUCGACUUCCAGGACGUGUUCCACAAUCGGAGGAGGGAUAACAGCAUAUCCCGGCUGCCGUCCAUCAGGCAAUCACCGAGAGAGGAGGAAGAGGAGGAGGCCGAGGAGCAGCGCAGGCUACGCAGCAGCGGGGAGGACAGCAACGAGAAGAGACAAAGCAUGGAUAGUGCGUCCUCGACACAGCGGAGGUCAUGGCGGCCUAGGAGCCGAUCAACAAAUCGAGGAUCCAUGAGCAACGUCGUGUGAGCAUAGAAAAGGCGUAAGAGUUGCCUAUGCCUAUCUAUUAUAUGAUAUCAACCUAUAAUUAUUCUUCAAAGAUGGUCUAUUUUUAACUUCAUUUGUAAUAUGUGAUUGGGCCUUGCAAGUGUGCUGUUUGAAACUGUUUUACAAG